AUGGCUGAGCAGCAGGAGCUGGUCCCCUCUCGCCUUUCCAAGGCUAAUGGGGGCUGGACCUUGUGGGGCUGCCCCCACCAAGAAACCCUAAACCAUUCCCUUCCUCUCCAGAUCAACGGUUGCCCAGGACUGUGGGGAUUGAUUCCUCCCUAUUUCCAGGGAUCUUUUCUGCAGCAGCUGAGCUCCCGCAGCACCACCAUGGUGAAAGAACCGGUCCGCAUCGUACCCUUGUGGAGGGAACUCCAAGGCCAGCUUUUCCACAAGCUUCAGAUGGUAAUGCAGAACCACUGUCCUCUGAUGAGAACAGGAUUUUCUCCCCGUGAUUUGGGGGCUGGAAGGGAGGGUGUGUGCAUGCAUGAAAGACAGGCACAGAGAUGGUCCCAGAAAGUAACUGGCUCAAUCCUUGCUGUGUCAAUUCUGUGUCCAGGGCAGCUGUCUACCAGCUCCAUCUGGUACGCAGGAUGAGACCCUACCUGCCCACCGACUGUCUCGCCAGAGUGGUGCAUGCUCUGGUUAUCUCCCGCUUGGACUACUGCAAUGCCCUCUACGUGGGGCUACCUUUGAAGGUGACCUGGAAACCACAACUAAUCCAGAAUGCGGCAGCUAGACUGGUGACUGGGAGCAGCCGCCGAGACCACAUAACACCGGUUUUGAAAGACCUACAUUGGCUCCCAGUACGUUUCCAAGCACAAUUCAAAGUGUUGGUGCUGACCUUUAAAGCCCUAAACGGCCUCAAAGGCCCAGUAUCCCUGAAGGAGCGUCUCCACCUCCAUCGUUCUGCCCGGACACUGAGGUCCAGCGCUGAGGGCCUUCUGGCGGUUCCCUCGCUGCGAGAAGCCAAGUUGCAGGGAACCAGGAAGAGGGCCUUCUCGGUAGUGGCGCCCGCCCUGUGGAACGCCCUGCCACCAGAUGUCAAAGAGAAAAAUAACUACCAAACUUUUAGAAGACAUCUAAAGGCAGCCCUGUUUAGGGAUGCUUUUAAUGUUUAAUAGGUUAUUGUAUUUUAGUGUUUUGUUGGAAGCCGCCCAGAGUGGCUGGGGGGACCCAGCCAGAUGGGUGGGGUAUAAAUAAUAAUAAUAAUAAUAAUAAUAAUAUUAUUAUUAUUAUUAUUAUUAUUCUGCCAGGCAGCUGAAGGCUGUUUUAUUCCAGUUGUCCUUGGGAACUGACUACUUUUUAAUAAAAAGGCCUUUAUCUUAAUAAUACUGUGGGGGAUAUUGAUAAGAAAACAGCAGCAGCAGCCAGUUCCUUCCUUCUGGCCUUCAGUCAACUGUCACUGAGCAGCAGCCUUGGCUGUGCCUGCCACCCCAACGCCAAGGUGGCAUGAAUGCGGACCCUGUGCUGUGAGUGGCGCAGGCACAUUCCGGUUCUGCUCUCCCCCUGCCAGCCCCACUGUCUUUUCCCUCCUCUGGGCAGGGCGCGCAGGAGGUGACAGAAGGAUCCAACAUCAUGCUGAGCGACAGGCCCACCAUCAUAUUCCGGAAGAGCAGCUCCCCCAACUUCAUGCCGGUCAUCUGCCACUAUUCGGGUGAGGCAGGACACUACUUUGCAUCCUUCAGCCGGAAGUCCUCCAAGAAGGGCAAGGUGAGCUGGGCCCUGAUUGGCCAGGGAGAUGGGGAGAGAAAUGGCUGAGAGGUGUGGCUGCCCUCAGCCUCCAACCCCCAAACAUGGUCAGGAUCUUAUUCAUUAUCUUCAAGGAACCCCCACCCUCAAAUCCAGCAGCUCAAAAGAAUGCAGAAGCUUCGUGUUGUUGUUGUUUAGUCGUUUAGUCGUGUCCGACUCUUCGCGACCCCCUGGACCAGAGCACGCCAGGCACUCCUGUCCUCCACUGCCUCCCGCAGUUUGGUCAAACUUGUGCUGGUAGCUUCGAGAACACUGUCCCACCAUCUCGUCCUCUGUCGUCCCCUUCUCUUUGUGCCCUCCAUCUUUCCCAACAUCAGGGUCUUUUCCAGGGAGUCUUCUCUUCUCACGAGGUGGCUAAAGUCUUGAAGCCUCAGCUUCAGGAUCUGUCCUUCCAGUGAGCACUCAGGGCUGAUUUCCUUCAGAAUGGAGAGGUUUGAUCUUCUUGCAGUCCAUGGGACUCUCAAGAGUCUCCUUCAGCACCAGAAUUCAAAAGCAUCCAUUCUUCGGCGAUCAGCCUUCCUUAUGGUCCAGCUCUCACUUCCAUACAUCACUACUGGGAAAGCCAUAGCUUUAACUAUACGGACCUUUGUUGGCAAGGUGAUGUCUCUGCUUUUUAAGAUGCUGUCUAGGUUUGUCUGUGCUCUCCCUUAAAUCAUAGAAUUGCAGAGUUGGAAGGGACCUCGAGGGUAAUCUAGUUCAACCCCCUGCACUGUGCAGGAAUCUCAACUAAAGAACCCUGACAGGUGGCCAGCCAACCUCAGCUUAAAUACCUCCGAUGAAGGAGAGUCCACCACCUUCUGAGGAAGUCCAUUCCAUAAGGGGAGUCCUACAGGAUCAGACCAAAGCUCUCCUUAGUCCUGUUUCCCAUUUGUGUACAGUAGUCCCCUUCCCUGCUGUUGUUUCCAGGCAACUAGUGUUCAGAGGCAGGCCACCCCUAAUCCUGGGGGGAACCUAGAUGGCUGCCAUGACUUCUCCAUGACUUUCCUCCCCUGCCGUGCAGGAGACAAGAAGCAGCCUUAGGAAAUGAUAUUUUCUUACUGCCAUGCUUGAUCUAGAUCCCAGUCUCCUCUUCCACAGCUGGGGCAAUGUCCCAGGCCCCUUGAGCUCCCACUGCCCUUGCUUCAAGUCAGAGAGCCCACCUUCCCCUCCUCUAAAGAGGAGGAGUCCCGAUUCCCAGGCCUCCCCCCUGAUUGGCAUCUCAACUCCUGAAAGGGGGUUAUUGCUCUAUGGGCCAGAGAGGGCGGCAGCAGAAACACCAGGCAGCUGGAGAGAACCUUGAAGACCAUGUCCCUCGUCUAGCACCACAGCUUUGUAUUGGAUUGUAUGAUAUAUAAUAAGCUAAUGUUGAGAUUGUUUGGGGUGUCUAUGUCUUUAAAUAGGUGAACCAAGAUACUAACCCUACCCGCAGGGCACGGGACAGAGUCCAUUGCCUCUGACUCUCAGACUUCUCCUGCAGGUUCGAGUCUGGGUGUACAACCCAGAGGACGAGACCCCCAUAACAGAGAGAGAGUACGCCAUAGAGGAAGACCCAAAGGUCCUGUACAUCUCCUAUGCUUCCCACCUGCACCUCUUUGUGGCCUACUGCGAUGACAUCCACCUGCGGCUUUUUGGUGACCACACUCAGGAAUGCAAGAUGCUCUCCGAGGUGAAAUCGCCCUAUUCGGUCACCAGCAUGUGCUACAACCCUGAGACAGGUGAAGUGGUGACAGGUGCCAUUGGCAUUGUGGCCUUUUGGGGCUUUACCCCAGGGAAGGUUCCCUACCUUGCUGUCACGCGGGAGGUGCAGAUCUCAAGUGGCGAAUUUGUGCACUACCUCAGCUUGGAGCAGGAGCGGAAAGUGCUGGUGGCCUUGUGCGAGAACAUCAUCCGUGUGUACGACUACAAUACCAAGACCCAGACCCGGGCCUUCCAGGUGAGCCAAGGUGUGUCGCUCACUUGCUGCUCCUCCUAUUGGCCUCAGAGCUUCCUCUUCACUGGGGACCUCGCUGGGGACAUCAAGGUGUGGAACUUUGACAAAGGGACCCAGACCACCCAGUUCAAGGCCCACCAGAGCGCCAUCACCACCAUCACCACCCGGCACUCGUUCCACACCAUCAUGACCACAUCGCUGGACGGGUUGCUAAAGGAAUGGAACCUGACCACCUGUGAGCUCCUCCGACGCCUGGACAUCGGAGAGCAGCUCUUCCAGAUGCAGUUCCUCAACGAGCAGACCUUCUUCCUCUGCACCCUCUACACCUUCUCCAUCCGCACCGUCAACAACUUCUGCCAGCUCUUCAACAGAACCAAGUCCAUGCUCACAAAGCUGCUGCGGGUGCAGUGUGGACCAAACAAGGCUCGCAUCUUGGCAGCCACGGAAGACGGGGUCAUCCGAUUCCUAUCCCCCGUCACGGGGGAAAUGCUGUUUGUCACCUGGCCCUUCCAGGUACUGGAAAAGGCCCUGGACUACGUUUAUGACCCGGACAGAGAGGAGCUUCUGGUGACGAUGGGCACCAAUGACAUCUACGUGCUGGACACCACCAAGAACCCCUGCCCGGUCAAGCACAUCUUACGUGUCACGGAGGGCCUAGAUGACAGGGUGCUGUGCCUGGCCUACAGCCGGCUGGACCUGGAAGGCCGCACCUGCAGCUUCAUCUUCAGCGGGUACAAGAGCGGGAAGGUGCGCACCAUCACCCAGAACUUGUAUCGGAUGGGGAACCGCAAGUUGCACGACGGCAAGGUGGUGGCCCUCAGCAGCAUCUCAGCCUCAGGGAACCUGUCCUACCACUCACGGGAGUCUUCCUACCUGUGCUCCUACGGCCAGGACCAGUACAUCAUCCUCUCCGAUGUUCUCUUGAAGAAGGACAACUUCCUAGAGGUGUUACCUUUGGUGGUCAUCCCAAGCUUCAACUGCCGCAUCAACAACCUCCUGCUCAUCCCCGGCUACAUCUGCGCCCUGACAGAGCACAACCGGGUCCGGCUGUGGCGCCAGGCGUCCCUGGUCCCUGGCCAGAAGAACCGCUUCUGGAAGGAGACUGGCGCCCUGCACGCCACCACCAUCACUUCCUUUGACUACUGCCACACCCUCAGCAUGCUGGUGACCAGUGGCUCUGAUGGCACCGUGCGCGUCUGGGACAUCCUGGGGCAGAUGCUGGUGGAGUUUGACACAAGCCUCAAAUUCAGCCGAGUCUGCUUUGCCAACCAGCGGGGAGACCUGGUUGUGGGCUGCAACAUGAAUAUCUACUUCAUCCCAUGCGUCUUGUACUUGCCCAGAGACCACCUCUACAUGCUGAUGUCCCGGUGUGUGAAGGACGACAUGAUUGAGCGCCCCUUGGCCUUUCUGCCUCACUUCCUCCUCACCUUCGACAUAGUCUUUGUGCCUAAGUAAGUAUGGGGAGACGGACGCGGGUGGCGCUGUGGGUUAAACCACAGAGCCUAGGACUUGCUGUUCAGAAGGUCGGCGGUUCGAAUCCUGUUGCUCUGUCCCUGCUCCUGCCAACCUAGCAGUUCGAAAGCACGUCCAAGUGCAAUAGAUAAAUAGGUACUGCUCCGGCGGGAAGGUAAGCGGCAUUUCCGUGCACUGCUCUGGUUCGCCAGAAGCGGCUUAGUCAUGCUGGCCACAUGACCCGGAAGCUGUACACCGGCUCCCUCGGCCAAUAAAGCGAGAUGAGCGCCGCAACCCCAGAGUCGGUCACGACUGGACCUAAUGGUCAGGGGUCCCUUUACCUUUAGGUAUGGGGAGGGGAAGGGAGGCAGGCAGGCAGGGCGGGAUCUGAAUGUUGGAGAGGUGGGCAGAGAAGACACAGCUGCAAAAGGGUGAACCCCACCCCCAGUUUCCAAUUCAGGUGAUACAGGAAACUUGUUUCCCACCAAUGGCCACUGACCUUUGCAACUGUCAUGGGGAAAAAGGGGGAACAUACCUUGUCCAAAUGGUUCUAGCACUCAGAGCCAGUAGCCAGUCUCCAGGUCCACGGACUGUCUAUGAAGCCAAGGCUGCGGAGCAAGAAUGGUGAAAAUUUUGGGCCCAAGAACUGCAUGCAAGGGUAGCCAAUCCUCUGCAUGAGGUCUGCAUGGCAUGUGUGUGUGUGUGUGUGCGCGCGCGCACACACACACACACACACACGGGCUGGCCAACAUAUCGAUAUAUUGUCCAAAGUCAGUUUGAAGUCAGUAUUGUAGUAUCAGUUUCAUAGUUUUUGACCUGGCAAUAUAUUGAAAAUCAUGAUGUGUGUUAGGGACAGGUGAUAUAUUGUCCCAAACCAAUUUCAAGUCCGUAUCAUGAUAUUGGUUUCAUAAUUUUUGACCUGGCAAUAUACAAUGGACCCUCGGGUAACGUAACUUUUGGGUUGCGAACGCGGCAAACCCAGAAGUGUAUAUUUCCGGGUUUAGCAGUGCGCGCAUGCGCAAAACUGCUCUGCGCGCCGCAUGUGUGCACAGAAGCACUCUAUCGCGCCACGCAUGUGCGCAGAAGCGGUGCCUCUAGAUGUGGACUUUUGGGGGUACAUAUGGACCCCUGGAACGAGUUCAGUUUGUAUCCGGAGGGUCCACUGUAUUGUGAAUCAUGGGUGUGUGUGUCAUGUUCAAAAAUGUGGGGGAAACCGUGAAGCCAGCCAAUGCCUCCAUCCUUUUUUCAGACAUUGUGAUAUACAGUGCUAUUUUUCUCUAGAAAAAGGGGUGUUAGAACUCACCAUGAACGCCUCACUCAUUCUCUCAGAAUGGCAAUGGCAGCCCACCUAAGAGGUGUCGGAACUGAGUUCCAGUGAGUUCCAGUUGGGGGGAAAGCCCUGGUGAUAUAUCAGUAUAUCACAAUGUUUAGCUGGUUAUAUAUCACAAAGUUGAAAACCAGAUACCGCCCAGCUCUAAUGUAGACCACCAGUUCAUUACAUUCUGCUGCCUGAGGCAAAAGACAAGAAGGCGCCCUUCCCCAAGGCACAUACAGAAGCCAGUAGGACCGGCAGUGGAAUCUUACUCCAAUACUGGGCAAAGGACAAUAAAGGCAGCAGGCUAGGGUAGGGGGCACAGGACAGGAUGAAAGGCACUCACAUCUCAGGCCAUUCCCCCCAUCCCACAGCACCUGCUGCCACAUUAUGGGCGGACCCUGCAGACCACACUCUGCAGACACACCCCAACAGCGCACCUGCCACUCACUGACCCCCUUGAGAGCCUUCCUGCCUGCCAUCUUUAUUUUAACCAAGCGUCUCCCUACCUGCCCGCGGACUGUCUCACCAGAGUGGUGCAUGCUCUGGUUAUCUCCCGCUUGGACUACUGCAAUGCACUCUACAUGGGGCUACCUUUGAAGGUGACCCAGAAACUACAACUAAUCCAGAAUGCAGCAGCUAGACUGGUGACUGGGAGCGGCCGCCAAGACCACAUAACACUGGUCUUGAAAGACCUACAUUGGCUCCCAGUACGUUUCCGAGCACAAUUCAAAGUUUUGGUGCUGACCUUUAAAGCCCUAAAUGGCCUUGGCCCAGUAUGCCUGAAGGAGCGUCUUGACCCCCAUCGUUCUGCCCGGACGCUGAAGUCCAGCGCCGUGGGCCUUCUGGCAGUUCCAUCAUUGUGAGAAGCAAAGCUACAGGGAACCAGGCAGAGGGCCUUCUUAGCAGUGGUGCCCACCCUGUGGAACGCCCUCCCAUGAGAUGUCAAAGAGAUAAACAACUACCUGACAUUGAGAAGACAUCUGAAGACAGCCCUGUUUAGGGAAGUUUUUAAUGUGUGACAUCUUAGUGUAUUUUGGUCUUUGUGGAAGCCGCCCAGAGUGGCUGGGGAAUCCCUCCCCCACCUGCACAGAACUACAGUUCCCAGCCGCCUUAACAAACUAGACUUUGGGUGCUUUCCCUCCCCAGGUAUCGCCAGGUAGGGAGGCUGGCCAAGAAGUACGAGCGGCUGGAGCCCAUCUCCAACCCCAAAGAGGUGGUGAUGGAGAACAACGUGGCCACCGUCUUGCAUUUCAUCGGCAAGGAGGCGAGUGCCCUCCCUGGGCCAGAUUUCUACGGGGCAGCGCCAUACAUCAAGGAGCUGCAGCCGGAGUUCUUCGUGAAGUACCAGCUCCUCCCGCAGCAGGCUGCCAAGGCAACCCCGGAAAAGAAGACGCUUCCUGCCGAGCUUCCGCCAGCGCCACCACCGUCCCGUGUGCUUCCACCGCUGGUCGAGCCCAUCCCCGUCCUCAGCAGGAUACCCUUCCAAGCCGGGCGCACGUGGCCUAUCGCCCCUGACGGAUACGUCCCCAAUUCGGUUAUCCGGGCCCAGCUGUUUCCAAAGGGGACACCCAAGGCCCUGCAGUGCAGCUUGGACCUGACCAGGCAGCCCUUACCCAGGCGCAAGAUGGUCAAGAUCCUGCUGCCGGAGACGGAUGAGCCAGAAGCCGUAGACAAAAUCCGGAGGAAAAAGCCACAGAGGCGGCGGCCCUCCGUGGCCUUCUCAGGGUUGAUGCGCUCCCGGGACCUGCUGUCCGAGAUCGUGUCGAAGCCCUGGCUGCGGCACAAGCCCAGCGACAACAGCUUACCCUCCGUCACGAAGGCCAUCCUGGACCUCAUGGACGACGUGCCCUACUCCACGUACUUGAUGUGCACGGCUGCCCUCGUCCAGCUGGCCGAGUCCUACCCGCUGCCAGACAAGGUCCAAGAAGACGCCUUUGAGCGACUCAUCCAGGACACCACCCACAAGGAGGUCAGUGCAGUCCUUUGAAGGCCUUGGGGGGAGGGAACAGCACAGGGACAUUGGCAAGCCGUACUUUCACUAGCUUCAUUUGUUGUUGUUGUUUAGUCGUGUCCGACUCUUCAUGUCCCCCUGGACCAGAGCACGUCAGGCACUCCUGUCUUCCACUGCCUCUUGCAGUUUGGUCAAACUCAUGUUCGUAGCUUCGAGAACACUGUCCAACCAUCUCGUCCUCUGUUGUCCCCUUCUCCUUGUGCCCUCCAUCUUUCCCAACAUCAGGGUCUUUUCCAGGGAGUCUUCUCUUCUCAUGAGGUGGCCAAAGUCUUGGAGCCUCAGCUUCAGGAUCUGUCCUUCCAGUGAGCACUCAGGGCUGGUUUCCUUCAGAAUGGAGAGGUUUUACCUUCUCGCAGUCCAUGGGACUCUCAAGAGUCUCCUCCAGCACCAUAAUUCAAAAGCAUCCAUUCUUUGGCGAUCAGCCUUCUUUAUGGUCCAGCUCUCACUUCCAUACAUCACUACUGGAAAAACCAUAGCUUUAACUAAACGGGCCUUUGCUGGCAAGGUGAUGUGUUGGAAUGUACCCCACGGGCCAUCUAGUCUGACCCCCUGCAAUGCGGGAAUCAUAACUGCAGAACCCCCGGCAGAGGACCACCCAACCUCUGCUUACAAACCUCCAAGGAAGGAGAGUCUGCCACCUUCCGUUGUCAUAGAAUCAUCAAAUUAUAGAGUUGGAAGGGACCCCACGGGUCAUCUAGUCUGGCCCCGUGCAAUGCAGGAAUCACAGCUAAAGCCUGGAAGGGGAUUUCCCUGGGAUUUCUCCCCUUUCUCUGGCCAGGUCCUCGCAGAAUGGCAGCUGUGAGGGGCGGGGGAAGGGUUGCGGCUGGAGACCUGGUUGGGGGCAAGAGGAAAGCAGGGGGCUGAGGGAGGAGGAAAGAGCCGCCCGGAAGUGUGAGGCGAUUUAAUGGUGGAGGGGCUGAAACCAAAGAAACGAGGUCUGUCAAGUUUUCUGGCUGAAUCCAAAAAGAGCUAGAGCCAAAGGUUCUCUCUCUGAAUUCUCCUCAUGAGGAGGGGCACAGGCUGAGGGAUCCCAUCCCCUCCAACAUUUCUCCGAGGAAAAUGGGGGCAGGUUGUUCCACUUCAAGAAGCUUCUUCCACAUUUGAUCUCCCGUACACACAGGCGUCCAUGUGCGCAUCUACCGGAGCUGCUCACAGGGUUGUUGUGAAGAAAAAAAUGUGUGAGGGGGAAGGGAUCCUGUAUAGCCCCUUCCACAGAUUAACGGAAGGAAGCAACGUUUUAGCUGUAAACUGCCUUGAGUCCCUUUCAGGGGGAAAGGCGGGGAUAAUAAUAAUAAUAAUAAUAAUAAUAAUAAUAAUAGAAGCAGCAGCAGCAGCAGCUCUGAGAAUGACCAGGAACAUAUCAGAGCAUAAAUCCUAUUGAACUCAGUGGGAACUGAGUAAAAAUUCUUAGGAUUUCAGUGUAAGGCCCACGUGUCUCGACCCUUUUACCUGAGAGUAAGUUUCAUUGACUACAGUGUGACUUCCUUCUGAGUAAGACGGUAUAAGCCUCCACUUACAAUAAAGGAGAAAAACAAUCCACACAUUUCCUCAAAAAUGGCUGGCUGAGGAAGCGUCGCAAUGAAAGACACAACGAAAGUAGACUGGAGACCUUUUCCUUCAAAAGCAUAGGCAGCGCACCUUCACCAUUUCCUUCAUCGGGUGCAACGAUCUUAUUUCCAGCAGAAACAGGACUCCGUUUUUGGCAGCUCCAACAUAUACAGAGAAACUACUUUUUAUUGUUCUCCAAGACAUGGAGGGGAGGGCAAAGGGCAAAGCAGGACGUCCUGGGGUCAAAUGAACCACCCUGAGGUCUCUAGGUAGAGGGCGGUAUAUAUAUUCAGUAAAUAAAUAAAUAAAAACCAAAAAACCCAGGAGUGCCUUCUGCAAUUCCGGGACUGUCCCUGGAAAAUCGAGGCACUUGUAGGAUAUGGGAGCCAGUGCAGCAGGGAGCCACUGGUUUUUCCCGCCUUUUUUGUUUCCGCCGUUGUUCUUGUCCGCUUUGCCUCAGCCCCAUGGUGGCCUCUGCUGCUUCCUGCCUCACCCUUCCCCAAGCGAGGCAGAGAUGGCCAGUCAGGUGUCAUCGCCAGCAGCCUCAUGGCUCCUCUUGCCCCUCAUCCUGGCGCCUCACAGGGGCCCCUCUCAGUCCCUCUCCAUGCCCCCUUGGCACUUCACGAGGCACAAGGACAGCCAUUUUGUUUUAUUUAUGACAUUUGCAGGCUGCUCUUCCUCCCAAGGGCCCCUGCCUCUGAGGUAAAAACAAAAUGGAGAGCCUUGUCUUCUGAGGGCACGCAGGGUUUUGGUUUUAUUCUUUGGUAUUGUAACACGCUGCUCCAAUCACCAUGAGACGUGUGAGAUUCCAGGGGUUGUAGGCGGACCUUAAUAACAAUAAGAACAAUAACAAUAAGAACAGCAAUAAUAAUGUUAUUAUUUAUAUUAUUUAUAUGCCCCAGGGUCUGUGUUGGGACAAAUGAGGCUCCACGGAGACUGUGGUGCUUUUAGGAUAUAUGGUUUAUUGACACAGGCAUUCAACCUGAACUUAGAGGAAGGGGCUCACGGCACUGGCACCCCAAAUGGUCCCUGCUUCUUCCGUAGCCAUAGCCUUGCCCUCAGAGGGACGUCAUGCCAGCCAAACUCCAACCCACCAGUCUAAACCCUCGGCUUUUAUCAGCUUUAUUAAUGGUGAACCCCAAAAUUUCCACAUCUGCUAAUACCAGAGGCGUAUUGGUGGGUCUGCUGUUGCAUUCUGAGGCCAAAGGAAAGGAUCGGACCCUGAUUAAAAUAAGACACGAGGCUUUGACCAGCAAGGCUCUCAGAGAAAGUGCGUCCCCACACGCCUCACCAGGCCAUUUUAUUAGCAAAAGAAUCCUUUACACAGUGCUCAUAAGAACCAAUCAGAUUUCCUACUUACCAAAGUAAGUGAGCCACAGGUGUGUGAAUAUGAGGAAGGCAGUGACUGGAAAUAUUUAUAGCAGAGACAUCAUGGUUAAAUAAGGCAGGCUUACAAAACAGGGACCCUGGGAUCCCAAGGGAAGGUAAUGAACAUAUUCAAAUGCCCAGAGUCACUGUAUUGGCCAUAUUCAUUCAUGGGCCAAGGGGAUCCCAGGCCAUGUUCCUCCUGGCUUAGAAAUGAAUAAGGUCAGACCAAAGCGGUAGAAAACUGUCCCUUUUCCUUUGGACCCUGAGGACUCUCAGUUGAUCCGUUCCUUUCUCCACACUUUAGCCUAGCAAGCAGUAAGACUGGCCCCGUCUAAAUUUUCCCAAAACUGUGCAGUGGUCCUUCAGCCACUGUAAGCAGCUACACUACCAAGUCUUUAUUUUGCAAACUUUAUUAUGCAACACCAGUAGGAGGUUGGUCACGGGUAUUAGCAUCUUCUGGAGGGGGAGCCAAGGCUGGCUUUCCCCCUGGCCAUGCCAAAGGCUGCGGCAGAGGCUGGCCUUGGUCCAGACCCCGGCGCUGGCCCCUGAGCUCAUGUGUACGAGGAUAUGGACCCCUGUUCUUGCUCCACAGGUGAGGAUGAGGCUGGCAGCCUGGGAGGCCUUAGGGAAGAUGGACCUGCUGAGUGAACAGGAAGUGGUCCCCCUGGCCCGAGCCCUGCUGGACGAGAACAAGAAAGUGCGUGACCUGGCCCGGUCACUGCUGGACUCUGUGGCUGGCAUCACGGACAAAUUUGUCCUGAAGAAGGAGAUGCAGCGGAUGGCGGAUUCCAGCCUGAUAGACUUGUAAGUGUCUCCUCUGAGGCAUGAGUGGGGUAUCCCUGACCCCCAAAGCAACACCCCCUGUGGCUCGGAGGAGCUUCCUGGAAGGGUCUCUUUUGCAGCUUCUGGCAAAGUUAGACCCAGCUGUUCCCUGCCCAAUUGGGUUAUGAUGCUGCUCUGUGCUGUACCCAGGUGUAGGCUAUGACUGAGGAUGAGGAGCUUAAAGGUGGGCCUCACAUGACACACACCGAGCACAUUUGCACAGAGCUGUGUGUGUCCAAUUAGCCAAUAGCAGAAGCCCUGAAGUAGUUAAAACAUCCCUUCAAUGAGAUGAACAGCAGGACUGAGAUGUUUUGAAAGGGAAUAAGAUAUUUUGCUUUGCAGUGGGGAGAUUUACUAGAGGGUAGGGAAAGAUCUGCCAUAAGCCAAAGGCCUGGAUCCCCCCCCACCCCCAUUCCUCUGGGGCCCUCCUCUCAAUUUUACCCCUCCUUCAGCUGUUUACUCUUUGCUCCAAGGGAUGUGGGUGGUGCUGUGGUCUAAACCACUGAGCCUCUUGGGCUUGCUGCUUGUCCAUCAGAAGGUCUGCAGUUCGAAUCUGUUCUACGGUGGUGAGCUCCCAUUGCUCUGUCCCAGCUCCUGCCAACCUAGCAGUUCGAAAGCACACCAGUGCAAGUAGAUAAAUAGGUACCUCUGCGGUGGGAAGGUAAAUGGUGUUUCUGUGCACUCUGGCACUCGUCACAAGCUGUCUGUUGUCAAAUGCUGGCUCCCCCCGCCUGAAAAGUGAGAUGAGCGCCGCACCCCGUAGUCACCUUUGACUGGACUUAACCAUCCAGGGGUCUUUUACUUUUACUUCUUUGCUCCUUCCAGGUCUUCAUUUGGUCGCGAUCAAAGCGCCUUCCCUCGCAGAGUGCGGGCUGCCGGCAUCAUGGCAGAGACAGCGGAUGAAGCUAAGGUUGCUCUGACAGAAGGAGCACAGAAGCUGAUGACUCGGGUUGAGAACCAGCUAACAGCCAAUCUGUUCUUGAUGAACGAGAUCCCACCCAAAGUAGUCCGCGACCGCCGCUCAACCAUUUCCCGUCUUAGGUCACCAUCCCGGGGAACAUCUGUAGACUUUACCACCCCCGAAACCCUUCCCGUUGGACAGGCACGGUGGCUGGGAAUCUUUGGCAAGCCUGAGAGGAGAGCUGCGCCUGCUGCUACCCCUUUUGCCCCUGAAAGAGGCAAGUACAAAUACCUGCCUAGAGAGGGCAUCUUGAAGCGUUGUUGCUGGGAGGAGCGCCAUUCCCAGGCUGGCCACCAUCCUCUGGGGCUAUCACCUGCUUAGGCUCCCUGGUAGGUCAGGCUGUCCUGACUUGGACUGGCAACCUGUGGUCAGUGUCUCCCUUUUCACUUGCACAAGCAGCCUUGAAUUCCAUGGUAGAAAGUUGUGGAAUGACUGACACUUCCACUUGCGCUGCACUUAGGAAGCACGAGUCCCCCUUGCCUCAUUCCUUUCCAGGGAAACCUGCUCUUUAGUGAGAGAUCAGAACCAAUGUCACUCCAGGAAAAAAUCAAAACCGUUUGCAUUAAGAAGCAGAUUUCCUGCAGGGAAAGCAGAGGCACAAGAGGAAGUGUGUGUUGGAGGAACUGGACAUGGAAGAUGGGGUUCAUUUCCCCCCAUGAGCAAAAAUCUCCCCAUGUACGUGAUAAGUCAACAGGUGCAAGGUCAGCCAAGCCAGUUGCUAUGGCAAUGGCCCAGUGUCAUCUAUGUAAGUGAUUCAGGCAUGUCAGCUCAUUAGUCAGACAGUGAGUCUGUUGGUGAAUCAAAUUCUGCGCUACAUCUUGAAGCUGGGGCAAUGGGAGAUACUUUGUGCUUGUACAGUAUAUAUGUAUGGCAUUUCCAUGCGCUCUGGCUUCUGUCACGGUGUUCCGUUGCGCCAGAAGCGGUUUAGUCGUGCUGGCCACAUGACUCGGAAAGCUGUCUGUGGAGAAACCAGCUCUCUCAGCCUGAAAGCAAGAUGAGCGCUGCAACCCUUUGACAGGGCCUUUGACCAUUGCCUUUGACUGGGCUUAACGGUCCAGGGGUCCUUUACUUUUUUUUACAUCUGUGUCUCCCGCUGCGCUCCCCGGGCUUCAGGCAGCUAUCCGCAAACCUUCAGAGCGCGCCCCCAGCCCCGCAAGCUCCGGGAGCGGCGGCAAGGCUGCGUGCAACCUUGCCGCUGCUCCCGGACCUGUUCUGGGGGCUGGGGUCAGGGGAAGCUCGGGCUUCCCCCACCCCAGCCCCGCGGCUAAAAACGAAGCCAAGACAGCGAGUGGGAUCCAUCCCGGCUGGAGAGGUUGUGUGUGGCUAAAGAGGAAGCCAAGACAGCCAGCGGGAUGGAUCCGGCUCGCUGUCUUGGCUUCUUUGCUCUUUGGGGCUGGGGGGGGAAUAUUUCCCCCCCCUUUAUUUCCCCCCCUAAAAACUAGGUGUGCCCUAUGGUCCGGUGCGCCCUAUGGAGCGAAAAAUACGGUACAUAUCAAUGUCCAGAACUGUAUUACUGAAGCCUUAUCUUCUGCAACAGUAAACCGUUUUGGACCUGAAGCCACCUCUGUGUGGUGAGUGGGAUGGGGGACAACUUCUGCUACAUAGGUAUCUUCCCUCAGAUUCCUGACUUUAUUCUGCCCAUGUCUCUGGUUAAUCUCAUUCCUUUCCUUGUCCCUUCACAGCUGGUGGCGAUAAGCUCCCCAGGAUCCCUCAAGCACGAGGCAAGGGGCUCACUGUGCCAAUAGCGAGUGGAAUAGGUCUGGAGGAGCGCAGCCCCAGCCUCAGCCCCACCCCUAGCAUGGCCACCGCCAGCUCCAGCUCCAGCAGCUCCAGCUUCAGCAGCACCAGCAGUGGCUCCAUGUGGCGGGAGGUGCGGCUUGAAAGGCGGGAGCUCAGGGCAAAGGAGAAGGAGAAGGACAAACGGCUCAGGCCCAAGGUCCUUCCCACCGUUCCCCACGAGGCCCCAAAGGUACUCAAGGUGCGCAAGAAGGCCCAGCCCAUCCUUUUGCAGCGGCGUGACACUCGCACCCAGCUCUACACUGAGAUGCUGAAGCACCAGAGGGACAGGAAGGACUUGCAGGCAGCCGCCCUCCCAACAUCGGAACUCAGGCCAGAUACUGCUGUUCUGCCGCCUAAACCCAGCCAGGUGGGCGUCCCCACCCUGCCGCCAGUGCCCACCAAAGGCAGCCUCAUUGACCCUAACCAGGAGUACAGCUCUGACAAGACCAAGUGGCGUGCCGACCUCCACAAGCUGUUGAUGCUCCGCAUCGGCCCCCACAUAGAGGGCCGCACUGCGGCUGAGGACCUCCUGGCCUCGGCCCGGUAUGCCCUGGCUGGCCGCACCAUGUCCUGGGAGGACAUUGUCAACCUCAGCCAGUCCCUCCUCACUUCCCAGGAGAAGGCAGCCGUUGAUGAAAAGGCGUGGACGGCAUAUAUAGAGCGUCUGCAAAAGCCCAGAGGAAGAGAGUCGUUGUCCCAGCCUUCCACGGAGAGCCUGGAGAAGGUGGUGGGAGUCACGAAGAAGCAAGAGGAGUUCAGCAGUUCGGAGACAGAGUUUGAGAGUGAGAGUGAGGAGGAAUUCAUUAGGGGGAAGGGAGUGAGAGAGCAUGGAGAGGCCGGACGAAAGAAGCGAAAGAAGAGAGGCCGGACGGCUGGAGAACAGGAGGGGAAGUCAGCCUCCGACAAAGAAGUGGCAGGGAAAGUGGUGGCGAAGGCGGUUAAAGGGAAAUCGUAUGAGUCACUCCGGGGAAAGGAGCGGGAGGCGGCCAGGACGAGAGUGCGAGAGGCGAUCAAGGAAAGAGACCGAGAGGCGGCCAGGGAAAGGGAGCUGGAGGCGGCCAAGGCAAGGGAGCACGAGGAGGCCAAGGCAAGGGAGCUGGAGGCAGAAGCCAUGGCAAGGGAGCGAGAGGUGGCCAGGGCGAGAGAGCGGGAGCUGGCCCGGCGGAGGGAGCGUGAGCGGGAGGCAGCUGCAAGGAAACGGAAGAGAUUGGGGAAGCUGGUUGACAAAGACAGAGAGGGCCUGGAGGGGCCAGAGCUGGCCAGGAGAGAAGCCCUGAAGCCCAUCCUCAAGGAGUCGGAAAGGAAGCUGGUCGAGAUGACCGAGAGCGCCCUGGCUGAGGUGAGGGGAAAGGCCAAAGAGAGGAUGAUGAAGGAGCUCAAGGAGAGAGCAUUGGCCGAAGCCAAGCACCUGGCCAAGGAAGAUGUGAAGGCGAAGGCGCUGGGCGAAGCCAGGGACCUGGCCCUGGUCGAAGCCAAGGAGCAGGCGAUGCUCAAGGCACGGAAGAUGGCCAUGGUGGAAGAAUGGGAAAAGGUGAUGGCCGAGGCACGCAGGAAGGCACAGGCAGAGCUGGAGGAGAGGGUGAUGGCCGAGGCGAUUAAGAUAGCCCAGGCCGAGAAUAAAGAGGGGGAGGAGGCCAAGGAAAGGAUCCGGGAACUGCUCAGCUCAGUAGUGCUGGAAGUGGACGAGGCCAGGGUCCUGGAGCUGGCCAAGGAAAUGGGCUUGGUAGUGGAUGAGGAGAGGAUACAGGAGCUGCUCAAGGAAAUUGCCUUGGAGGUGGACGAGGCGAGAGUCCAGGAGCUGGCAGAGUUAAGGCGCGAAGAACUGGUGGAGGCCAUCGCUCAGAGGCUGGCUCAGGAAAAAAUGUUGGGCCUGUCUGAGUCGAAACUCAAGGAGCUCAUUGAGGCCAAAGCCAUGGAGAUGGCCCAGGCAAGAACCAGGGCCCUGGAGGGAGAGGGGGAAGAGGAGGAAGGAGUUGGAGAAAUGGCUGAAAGAAGAAAGAAAAUGGUGGCUAAAAGAAGAGUUAUCCAUCGGGGGGAGGAAGGGGAAGAGUGGGACUGGGAGUGGGAGGAGCUGGAGAAGAAGGAGGAAGGAGAUGAAAUGUGGGAAGAGCUAGUAGAGAAGACCUUUGAGUUCCUCAAUGAUGAGGAGAGAGAGGCUCUGAUAGCCCUAUGGGAGGAAGAAGCGACUCCAAAGCUAGAAGACGACCAACUUGAGCUUUCAGAACACGCUCAACUGUUCUUGGACAUCCUGACUCAGCCAGAGAAGCUGGAGUCCAGUGACGCCGCCACCUACAAGCGCCUCUUCCAAGUGGUGUCAAUGCUUGAGGUUUCUUCGGGGGUGGAGGCCGAGGCCCUGGCAGGGGCUUUGCUGCAGAAAGCACAGCAGAUCUUACAGAAAGGGGAGGAGAUGAAGGGGCUCUUGAGCAAAGGGCACUCUGCUCUGCUGCAACAGCUCAAAGAAGCAGUAGAGGCCUACCAGAUCUGGAGCACUGAUUCCCAGGAGCUUUCAGCCAAGAUGGAGACCCUUCAGAAGACCGCCCUGACGGUGUUGCAGGCGAGGAACCUGAAGGUAAAGCUGCAGAAAGAGGCCAGGAAGAGAUCCUUGUGGGAGAGCGUGAAGAAGGAGUGGACGGAGGAGAAAGGCAAAUUUAUUAAGAAGAGCUUCCUGAACAAGAGGCUGAAGGAAGCCAUAAAGAAACUGAAGGCUGAGGAAGAAAAGGCUGAGCAAGGAAGAAUAGAGCAGCUGCGAAUGGAAAGGCGCCUCAAAUUCAGAUCCCGGCCCAUUGUGCUAGGUGAGGUGGAGAAGGAGAAAGACAUGGAGAGGCCAGAGGGGGAGAGGAAGGAGGCGGACGAGGAGGAGAAGCAGAAGAGAGGAGAGCUUGGCAGGAGUUCAAGCAAGAUAACGUGGUCCCUGGCGGGGAAGGAGAAGGCCUGGAAGGCCAUCAUGCAGACGGAGGGGCUGCCCAUGGCCGCCGCUAUUAUCAGGCCAAAGAAGUACCGGCUUCCACAGGACUCUCUGUACAGACGUGGCCAGCCAAAAGCGCGAUUCCGUCGGUGGAGCCUCACCAGGGGUCCCCUUAAGCACGCCUUCCGCCUGUAUGAAGACAAAGGGGUUGACUGGGAGAGGUUCAUGAAGCUGUACCAGUCCCUCAUGGUCCUGAAGGAGCAGAAGGGGGGCAUCGAGUCGUUGGCGUGGCAGGAGCAGACCACCAAGCUGCUAGACCUCUACGGCUUGACCAACCCGCUCAUCCACGCCAUGACGCAGCACCUGCUGCUGGGAGACCGCAGAGAGCGCACAUACGUCAAGGGCAGCGCCCUGAGGAUGCGGAAGGCGCAAGCUGGUUUGGGGGCAAGGAUACUCUACGAGAUGAUCCAUCACUCGGUUCGGCUCCCCCCCAGGCUUCCCACCUGGCAUGGCAUCAUCCCUCUCAGCUAUCAGAACAACGUGCACACCUUCAAGGUCCGGGGCAUCACCCGCUAUGGCACCCUGUCCCUCAAGUGGAAGACCACCGUUGCCAGGGGAAAGGCCUCCAAGCUCCGCCUCUACGUCCACUCAGGCUCCCAGAGCAAAUAG